GAAGAUUGAGAGAGAGAGAGAGAGAGAGAGAGAGAGAGAGCAUGGAAAUAGCUGGAUUUGUAAGACGACGACGCAAGAGAGAGUCUUAGAAUUGAUUUCAGGCCAAGCCCCGAACUCAACUACUUGUCUUUUUGCCUCCAAAUUUCAUAACCGGCCACCCCACUCUCUACUCUCCACACCCUCCUCCUCCUCCCACUGCCCCAUUUGCCUAACUUCACAUCGUCAACACCCAAAAUCCAAAGUUUGAUUUUUUUAUUUGCUUACAGAAGCGAAUAAGAAUGGAAACGACGGCGUUUCAGUCAGUGGACCAAGUAGUGGAAGAGAUCAUGAGAAUUCACAGAUCUUUGCCGGCGAGGCCAGGCGUGGACGAGGUUGAAGCUGCCGUGGCUCUGGUUCAAAAUGUGGAGAAGGAAGACCAGGCCAGGCUCGACGCCAUUGCCAGGCAGACCAAGACAUUGCAAGUCCCCGAAGAGCUAUUCAUGGUGUUGCAGGAGAUGCAGAGGAGCUUGGUCUACUUCCACAGCAAGGAGCAGAAGCGGGAGGCCUUGAAAUUGCUCGAUCUUGAAAACCUCCACAACCUGUUCGAUGAUUUCAUUCAGAGAGCUUCAACUUGCGUCGCUUCUCCCAAUUCUACUUCUUCUUCUUCAGCGAAGAAAACGACGACCAUGAUUUCGAAUUCGAAUUCGAAUUCCGUUUCUGCGGUUCCACACAAGCCCUCUCCUUCUUCUGCCUCUGCUGCGCACGUGUUCCACUCUGACAACAACGAAAUUGUUGCUAAGUCUUCUUCAGUCAGAGUGAGCAGAGACGACAGUUUUAUGGUCAACAAGGCCAAGAAACAAUUCUUGGUUGAUGGAAUUGGGGCUCGGCCUGCUGUUUCUUCCACACCCCAGAUAGUCGAUUCGUCUCUGAAGCCUGGUUCUGCUCUCAAUUCAACUGGAGGUCAGGAGAGUGAGAAAUUGAGUCUAAUAAAGCUAGCGAGUCUAAUUGAAGUCUUGGCCAAGAAAGGAACUAAAGAUCUUAAUCUUCGCAACAAGUUGAUGGAUCAAAUUGAAUGGCUGCCCGACUCAAUAGGAAAGCUUUCUAGAUUGGUCUCCCUUGAUUUGUCUGAAAACCGGAUUUUGGUCCUCCCAUCCACCAUUGGAGGUCUUUCCUCCUUGACCAAAUUGGAUUUGCAUUCAAACAGGAUUGCUCAGCUGCCUGACGCUAUUGGAGAUCUUCUUAGCCUUGUCUCUCUAGACCUUAGUGCAAAUGACUUGACUACUCUGCCUGCUACCUUUGGCCGAUUGGUGCGUCUUGAAGAGCUCGAUUUGAGCUCAAAUAGGCUCCCUGCGCUUCCUGACUCAAUUGGGUCCCUUGCUAGCCUCAAGAUAUUGAAUGUGGAGACCAAUGAUAUUGAAGAAAUUCCCCAUACUAUCGGUCAUUGUUCCUCGCUUAAAGAGCUCCGUGCAGACUAUAAUAGGCUUAAAGCACUUCCUGAAGCUGUGGGAAAGAUUGAGAGCCUGGAGGUUUUGUCUGUGCGUUACAAUAACAUCAAACAGUUGCCCACAACUGUGUCGUCUCUAUUGAGCCUGAGGGAGCUGGAUGUAAGUUUCAAUGAGCUUGAGUCUGUGCCUGAGAACUUGUGUUUUGCCACUUCACUGGUCAAGAUGAACAUUGGAAACAACUUUGCUGAUCUGAGAUACCUACCAAGGUCUAUUGGGAACCUUGAGAUGCUUGAAGAGUUGGAUAUCAGUAACAACCAGAUACGGGUUCUCCCUGACUCCUUCAGGAUGCUCACGCGACUGCGUGUUCUGCGUGUUGAAGAAAACCCUCUUGAAGUGCCACCAAGACACAUUGCCGAAAAGGGGGCACAAGCUGUUGUUCAAUACAUGACUGAGCUUGUCGUGAAAAGAGAAGUUAAAGCACAACCUGCUAAGCAGAAGAAGACUUGGGCUCAAAUCUGCUUCUUCUCGCGGUCAAACAAAAGGAAGCGCAGCGGUGGAGAUUAUGUGAAGGCCUGAUUAAUCAUUGAAUUCCUGACAAGAGACACGAUAAUUUCAAUCGAGUAUACCAGCUGUUAGCAGGCUAGAUGAAAAAUGAGACUACGAAUCAACGUCAACUAAUGCGGUGGGUUUCUAAAAUUGUUCCAUUGACUCUUGCAUACCAAAUUGUAUAUCUGUUUUUUCUCUGUUAUUUUUUACAAUUUUUUUUCUUCAUCCAUCUGUAUUUCUGUUGUCUUUGAGUCAAAUGAGGUGUACAAUUCAGCCGGCAUAUAGGGGAAAAGAAAAAAUGUUGUACUCUGUAUAUCACCUCCAUUGUUUAUGAUAUCUCCGUGUAUCACCUACCACUUGUAAUAGAAUUUGUUUCCAUUCAAAGAGAA